AUGACUCACUUACAGACUGGCCUCUCUCCAGAGACCCUGGAGAAGGCCAAGGUGGAGCUGAAAGAAAACCCGGAGACUUUACACCAGGACAUCCAGGAGGUCCGGGACAUGAUCAUCACCCGGCCGGACAUCGGUUUCCUCCGGACGGACGACGCGUUUAUCAUCCGAUUCCUCCGGGCGAGGAAGUUCAACCACUUCGAGGCGUUUCGGCUGCUGGCACAGUAUUUUGAGUACCGACAGCAGAACCUGGACAUGUUCAAGAACCUGAAAGCCACGGACCCGGGGAUCAAGCAGGCCCUGAAGGACGGCUUCCCCGGCGUGCUCUCCAAUCUGGACAGAUACGGCAGGAAAAUACUGGUCCUGUUCGCAGCCAACUGGGACCAGAGCAGAUACACGUUUGUGGACAUACUGAGGGCGAUCCUGCUGUCGUUGGAAUCUAUGAUCGAAGACCCGGAGCUGCAGGUCAACGGCUUCAUCCUCAUUAUCGACUGGAGUAACUUCACCUUCAAGCAGGCGUCCAAACUGACUCCCAGCAUGCUGCGGCUGGCCAUCGAGGGGCUGCAGGACAGUUUUCCUGCAAGAUUUGGAGGGAUCCACUUUGUGAAUCAGCCCUGGUACAUCCACGCUCUCUACACCGUGAUACGACCCUUCCUCAAAGACAAGACCAGGAAGAGGAUCUUCAUGCACGGCAACAACCUGAACAGCCUCCACCAGCUGAUCCAUCCUGAGAUCUUGCCGUCGGAGCUGGGCGGGAUGAUGCCGCCGUACGAUAUGGGCACGUGGGCGCGGACGCUGCUGGACCACGCCUACGACGAGGAGACCGACUACUGUCCUGAGUCCUACACCCUGUCAGUACAAGACCUAGAGAGAGACCUGGAGAAAAACCUGUCCCCGAAAACCAUGAAGAGGUCUCAGUCUGUGGUGGAACCAGGCGUCCUGAAACGGCCAGACAAAGUCAAGAGUGAAGAGGACAACAUGCAGCCGCUGCUCUCGCUGGACUAAACCACACAUCCAAUAACAGCUCACAAGCAUAAUCAAAAGCAUAACACAAAAACACACUGACUUACCUGCGCAUGUGCGCUCUGAAAACACCUUUCUCCAAUUAAAACA